AUGGUUUUGUACUUGAGUGGAGGAAAUUUCACAGAACUACCCAACUCUAUAGGUGAUCUUAUUCUUCUGAAACAUCUCAACCUAACAAACACAAAAAUAAAGGAAUUGCCUGCUUCAAUUGGGAAACUCUGGAAUUUGCUAUCGCUGUUUUUAAGUGGCAGUGAGAUAAAAGAGUUGCCCAAGGAGAUAGGACAGUUGUGCAACCUAAGACACCUGCGAUUCGAAAAUACAGAUCAGCUUGAGUUUGUAGCUGAAGGUUUGGGUAAGCUUACUUGUUUGUGUACCUUGAGCAGAUUUAUUAUAUGUCAUAGAAAUAAAGCUAAUGUUGGCUGCAACGUAAAGGAGUUGAAGAAUUUGAUCAAUUUGAAGGGGGAGUUAACUAUAGAAAACAUGGAGAGAAUAACACUAAUCAAUGAUGCAAGUGAAGCUCUGCUGCAAGAAAAGAAAGACAUUGAAAGUUUAGAUCUUUCAUUUGGAAAUAUUAUUAUUGGUGAAGAAACAUCAGAAGAAGAAGAAAAAAUAGUAGAAGACCAAGAGCACCUACUUCAACAACUACAGCUGCCACCUAACCUAAGGUCUCUGUCCUUGACAAGGUACUACGGAAAGAAGCUUCCUAUCCAUUGGCUUGAUGGUUGUGUACACCUAGAAACAAUCAAAUUUCAGUCUUGCUCAUGGAUUGAGAAACUGCCUAGUUUUAGUAAGCUCAAGCGCUUGCAUCUUUAUGAUUGUCACCAUCUAAAAACAUUGGCUGCAAGCCCAUGCUUGGACGAAUUGGUAACAGAUGGAUGUGCGAGCUUCACGCAGCUGCCAUUUCGCCCCAAACUAGAGAGUGUUGAACUUUGCAAUUUAGAUAAUUGGGAAGGAUUUGAAAAAGGAGCUGAGAAAUAUUGCAUAAAAACAUUAGAAAUAAGCAACUGCUUAAAGGUGAAGAGAUUGCCUCACCUUCCCAAUCUGCAAAGGCUGGAGAUUAAUUUAUGUGAUGAAUUGAGCGCUCUCCUAGAAAAGGAAGAAGAAGCAGAGUUUGAACUGAACAUGCCUGCACUGACAGAGCUGGUAAUUCGUGGGUGUCAUGCAUUGGUGGAAUUGCCUAACAUGCCUAUCUUGAAAUCGUUGACAAUAGAAGAUAGUCAUAAACUGAAACAACUAACUUUCAUGGGCAAAUUGGGGAAAUCGAAAGUUCAUGAUUGUGAAAAUUGGGAAGGAUGGUCACUCAAAAGAAAGGAAAAUGAGGACAUUGCCAUCUUUAUGUACAAACUAUACAUAUCUUACUGUUCGAAAUUGAGGACAUUGCCUUCUUUUCCUGCUUUAAUACAUAUGAAAAUUUGUGAUUGUGAAGAGUUGCAUGCUCUUUGGAGGGAAGACGAUCAACCCAUUGGGCUUGAAGUUCUUUGCAUGUGUAAUUGUCUAAAUGUGAGUUUUCAAGUUGACUGGUUGCUCCCACUUACCAAGAUUCGAGAUAUGAUAACAGAUUGGUCCUUUUAUGGUCUACAUUUAACAACUUCAAAUAUUAAAGCUCUUCAGCGUCUUAAAGUACUAGGAUUAUUGGGUAUGCCCUGUCGAAGUCUGUUGCCUGAAUGGUUGUGGCAUCACUCGGUCCUUGAAUCUUUGGUAUUGGAUGGGGCAACAAGAAGCAGCUGGCACGGACCAUGGGAAAAACUGAAGCAACUCGGGUUUCUUAUUAUAGGACAGUGCCAAGAUGACACUAGCCUAGAUGGACUCUUCAAACAUUCACUACAUUCAAGUGAUCAGGCAACUGAGGAACAAUCUUGUCCUUUCGAGGGGACACACUUCUCUGUUCCUCCGAAGCUGACAUGGUUGUCAUUUAUAGGCUGUUCCAAACUAAAAUUGCUGCCAGACGGAGUCCAACACCUUGUCCACCUGAAAUUCCUUACUCUAGAAAAUUUGCCAGAGUAUGGCUUCAUUGCCACAAUUCCUGACUAG